CCCUGAAAGCCACGAUGGGUUUCUAACCAUGCGUUUAGGAUGCGCGUUUAACCAUGACCCGCAGAAGGUGAAUGCGGCGCAACAUGAAAGGUUGGGAGAGAUACAAUAUUCAGUGAUUCUAUGCGUUUUCUUAAUGCAUUUUUUCUGAAGCUCAGAUAGCUCAUGUCUGGCCUCCAGUAGCAGUGGUGCCGGCGUCAAGCAGAAACGGUUGAAUGUUGAGUCGCCCAGUUUCACUCCCUCGACCACGCCGAACAACGGCACAGCUCCGACAACAGCAGUCACGGCGAAGAAGCCGGCUACACUGUCUCCAAAGGCUGCCGGUGCAGCGCCCUUUCUUCCCAAGGGGUCACUCUCACGUAUGUCAAGCUCAACUUAUAUCAAGAAAGAAGUAGACUGACUGUUGACCGCUUUCAGGUGCAAACUCGGGAAUAUCACAGCUACGUCAGGAGACCGGGACUCCGGAAUGGGGUUUGACGGAUGUACCUGACUUUGUGCCACAGCGGUUUGAUACUGUGGUAUGUUGCCUAUUUAAAUUCCAGCUUAUAAUCGGGACGGGGCCGUUUACUAAGGUACUAAUUGCGCAGGACUCGAUGCAGGCCACCAACAACGGUGUUCUGGCCGCUGGGAAUGCAUAUGACCCGUUUGUCUCAACGACGACUCCGCUAGGCACUGCCGGAGCGGUUGUCACACACCCGCUUCAACCGAACCCUUACGCUCACGACCACACCGGUAUCGGUCCCACCUCAUACUUCACCGCCCAAAGUACCUUCCAGCAACCAGUAUGUUGAAAUACACUUCUUCUUACGCAGUAGUUGUAGUACUGAUGCAGAAAUAGGCACAAUAUCAUCUCUAUGCACCGAUUGGACCCCAUAACCAAAACAUUCUUGGAUAUCAGCGGAAUGUACAUGAUUUAUUUAUCCCGAAUGAUUUUAGAGAAGAGCUUCAAAAGAAAGCAGCCGCAACACUACAAACCCUCCCUAGUAUGUAUUAAACUGUUAUAUUUCAUUCAUCAUACAUUUACUGACUGCUGGUUAGACUCCCAACUACCUACUCAAAUCGACCACUUUCACUCACUUGUGCCGCUCGACGUAACGCAUCAGAAGAAUGCUACUAUCUUCGGCUACCCUAGCUGGGUAUAUAAGGCACAGUCAAGUAAAGACGGCAACUACUAUGCACUUCGACGACUAGAGGGCUUCCGGUUAACAAAUGAAAAGGCAAUCAGAUGUGUACAGGCAUGGAAAAGAGUCAUCUCCGCCAGCGUGGUGACGGUGCACGACGCCUUUACCAAUCGCAGCUUCCAGGACAGCUCACUGAUCUUCGUGACGGACUACCAUCCGCUGUCCAAGACACUCGCAGAGCAGCACCUGGAGAGUCCCACGCGGUACCAGAACCGGCACGCGAGUACGCAUGUAACAGAGCCUGUGCUCUGGGGGUACGUGACACAGAUCGCAUCGGCCCUGAAGGCCAUCCACAGCGCCGGGCUGGCCGCACGGGUGAUCGACGCGAGUAAGAUACUGCUGACAGGCAAAAACCGCAUCCGGCUGAACGCCUGUGCCAUCCUGGACGUGGUGCAGCACGACACGCAGCGGUCCAUUGCGGACCUACAAAGCAACGACAUGGUCAGCUUCGGCCAGCUAAUACUUACACUUGGAGCGAGCUCGUUAGCGCACAACCCGACCAAGGCGCUAGAACACUUCUCCCGCGCCUACAGCGCACAACUGUACAACUCGGUCCUGUGGCUGCUAGGCGCCGGCCCAUCCAAGGACCCCCAAGGCCAAGCCCAAGCCGCCAACCAGAGCCAGAAUGCGAACUCGAACUCGAACCAGGGCUCCGACCGGACCAUCGACGUGUUCAUCACCGGCAUCUCGACGCAGCUGAUCUCGACCUUUGACUCAUCCCUGCACGUCGACGACGAGCUAACGCACGAUCUGAGCCGGGAACUCGAAAACGCGCGACUAGUCCGGCUGCUGACCAAGCUCAACUUCAUCACCGAGCGGCCCGAAUACGACCACGACCGGCACUGGUCCGAGAACGGCGAGCGGUACUUCCUGAAGCUGUUUCGAGACUAUGUGUUUCACCAGGUGGACAGCCAGAAUGCACCGGUGGUCGACCUGGGCCAUGUGCUGACGUGUCUGAACAAGCUUGACGCCGGCAGCGAGGAGAAAGUGACGCUGAUCAGCCGGGACGAGCAGAGCUGUUUUGUAGUUAGUUACAAGGAGCUGAAGAAGGGAGUUGAGAUGUCCUUUCAGGCUCUGAUGAAGAGGAGGUAAAGAAAGAGAUAGGCUACCUAGAAAGCUUUUUUUUUCCCUAAAAGUAUUUACAGGUUGGUAGGUAGGUAAGGUAGAGAGAGAAAGAGGAGUGGGUGGAUGGAUGGCAGUUGGGAUAUGGCAAUUGUUUGUUUUUAUAUAUAUCUAACCCGCCCGGAACCGAUCUAGCCUUUGACUCUGCUAGUACUUAUAUCAAGAAUGAAUCAACUACAUAUCAAUAUCAAUGAAUGCAGUAGAUGAAGAGUAGAUUGUUAGAUUAGCUAUCAACGAAGUAGUAGUACUUUUAUUCGUCUUCCUGCUGCACGAAAGGGUUGGCAAUCUCCUCGCUCCCGUCCGCCGGCGAGAGCAGCACCAACAACGUCCCCCUCGCCACGAUCAGCCCCAGCGAGCGAGUCGUUACAUUAUCAUUAUCAUC